UCAGGGCCAUGCCACCCCAGCCAAAAGGCAGACGCCGAGCAGGGGGAGCCACAGAACCCAGCGUUGGUCUCAAGGCAGCCAGUUCGCCCGCCUGUCUGUCCUCGGAGUCAUGGAGAGAGCCAGUCUGAUCCAGAAGGCCAAGUUGGCCGAGCAGGCCGAACGCUACGAGGACAUGGCAGCCUUCAUGAAGGGUGCGGUGGAAAAAGGUGAGGAGCUCUCCUGCGAGGAGCGCAACCUGCUCUCUGUGGCCUAUAAGAACGUGGUGGGCGGCCAGAGAGCGGCCUGGAGGGUCCUGUCCAGCAUCGAGCAGAAGAGCAGCGAGGAGGGCUCAGAAGAAAAGGGGCCCGAGGUGAAGGAGUACCGGGAGAAGGUGGAGACGGAGCUCCGGGGCGUGUGCGACACCGUGCUGGGCCUGCUGGACUCCCACCUCAUCAAGGAGGCUGGGGACGCAGAGAGCCGCGUCUUCUACCUGAAGAUGAAGGGAGACUACUACCGCUACCUAGCCGAGGUGGCCACCGGGGAGGACAAGAAGCGCAUCAUCGACUCCGCCCGGUCCGCCUACCAGGAGGCCAUGGACAUCAGCAAGAAGGAGAUGCCGCCCACCAACCCCAUCCGCCUGGGCCUGGCCCUGAACUUUUCCGUCUUCCACUACGAGAUAGCCAACAGCCCGGAGGAGGCCAUCUCACUGGCCAAGACCACCUUCGACGAGGCCAUGGCCGACCUGCACACCCUCAGCGAGGACUCCUACAAGGACAGCACCCUCAUCAUGCAGCUGCUGAGAGACAACCUGACACUGUGGACAGCCGACAACGCGGGGGAAGAGGGUGGCGAGGCCCCGGAGGAGCCCCAGAGCUGAAGCGGCCUCCUGCCUCCCUGCCCUGCCUUGCCCUCCAGCGCCCGGCCUGCAGAGAGGACUAAUGCGGAGUGGGACUCUGCCCUUCCCAAACCCUGAAUGUCCAGCUACACCCCGGAAGGCUCCCUGGAAGGGGUGCGGCCCCGCUGAGGCCACCAGGGGCUGGGGAAAUCCCACUCUCCAUGCAGCCGUCUGGUGGGUGUGCCUAACCCUGCCCACCUUGCUCUCUGUGCGCCCACUUCCUUACAUCACACCUGAACCUGUGCCCCCCCCCCCCUCCCCCCCCCC